UAUACUGUGUAUAGUUUCGCAUUUACUUACAAGUUAUUUGAAGUUAUUAAUUUUCGAUAAUGGAGUCAAAGAAACAUGUCUUUAGCCCCAUCGAAAAAAAACAUUUUCUAGAUGUACUUAAAAAGUACAGUAACGUUAUAGAAAAUAAGGAUACAGACGGAGCUACGUUAAAGCACAAAAACGACGCUUGGAUUCGUGUUACGGCCGAAUAUAAUGCUAGCCCUCUCACUACAAAACAGGCAACAGUUAAACAACUACGGCGCUUGUGGGUUAACACAAAGCAGCGUCAAAGGGAGGCCUUGACGAAAGAACGCCAACAUAGGCUAGCUACUGGAGGAGGGCCAUCUAUCAGCGAUGCUGUCGUUGACCCUGAUGUGUCCAUGGUGGCCCCAGCUCUGAUUGUUGGAAUCGAUAAUGCGAUUGAUUCCGAUUUAGUUGAAGAGUCUUCGCAGUCGCAAACACCAGACGCCGUGGAAAUAGAGCAUUAUGUUUUAGACGAUGUUUCGCAGACAUCCGUCAUUUCCCACGAGCAAGCCACCGAAGAUCAAAUAGUACUGCCUGCCUCACCAAUCCCUUCCACAUCCCAAGUAUCCCAACCCUUCAUAACAACCAUCCCACCUGCCAUCCUACCUGCACGUUCUAACACUAGAACAGGUUUAAAAAAUAGUGUGAUAGAGCAGGAGUACAAGGAUAGAUCUGUGCGGGCCACAGAAAAACACAAUAUAGAGAUGCAGAUUUUAAAAGAACAGCUGAGGGAAGCCAAAGCAAAGGCAGACUUAGCUGAACUUAUUUUAAAAGAAAAGCAAAAUUCAACAGGUCAUACCACAAACAAUUAAUGUUUAUGCACACAUUUUUAUAAUUGUAAUAAAUGAUAGUAAUAAGUUAAUAAUUGUUUCAUUUAUCUCAAUAAUACUCAAAGUCAUGGUACAAUGUAAA